ACCUCUUGGAUGGGAAGAAAUCCUAGCAAGUAGCAACCCUCUUACCCUAUAUAAGGCCCAAAGCAGAGCUUCUCUUCCUCACCAAAAUUUCUUUCUUCGCUAAGGAGCGACCUAGUCUCAUAGCUUCCUGAGAUAUCCAAAGAUGGAGCGGAAAAAUGGAGUCCAAACAACAAAUGUUCACGACAAAGAGAAAUGGGUUUAUGAUUCCUCUGUGGAUCAUAAAGGAAGGGUUCCUCUUCGUUCUUCCACUGGUGUUUGGAAAGCUUCCCUCUUUAUCAUAGCAAUUGAGUUUAGUGAAAGGUUAAGUUACUUUGGAAUAGCAACAAGUCUAAUCCUGUACUUAACCAAGGUGAUCCACCAAGACCUCAAAACGGCAGCCAGGAGUGUCAAUUACUGGGCCGGAUUCACCACGCUGAUGGCAUUCUUUGGUGGGUUUCUGGCCGAUGCCUACUUGGGCAGAUUCAACGCUGUCCUGCUCUCCUCCCUCGUCUACCUUUCGGCCCUGGUUCUAUUAACACUGUCCUGGUUUGCACCAAGUUUAAGGGCCUGUGAUGCAGAUGUGUGUUCUGAGCCCAGGAAGGUCCACGAGAUCAUCUUCUUCCUCGCUAUAUACUUGAUCGCCAUUGGAACCGGAGGGCAUAAACCGUCGUUGGAGAGCUUCGGCGCCGAUCAGUUCGACGAUGACCACUCCGAAGAGAGGAAGAAGAAGAUGUCUUACUUCAACUGGUGGAACUUCGGCCUCUGUUGCGGACUCCUGUUGGGUGUGACAGUAAUUGUUUACGUGCAAGACCAUGUCAAUUGGGGAGUUGCAGAUAUCAUUUUGACUAUGGUCAUGGCAUUUUCCCUCUUAAUCUUCAUCAUCGGAAGGCCAGUUUACCGCUACAGGAAGCCGACGGGAAGCCCCAUAACGCCAAUGCUUCAGGUUCUUGUAGCUGCUAUUGCAAAAAGAAAUUUGCCUUAUCCUUCCAGUUCUUCGGAGUUAUAUGAAGUUCCCAAGUCGAAGAAGAAUCAGGGUCGGGGACGGCUUUUGUGCCAUACCGAGAAGCUUAAGUUCCUUGACAAAGCUGCUAUCCUUGAGAACGAGGGAGAUUCAAUUGAAAACCAGAGUCCCUGGAGACUUGCAACUGUGACCAAGGUGGAGGAGAUGAAGCUUGUUCUCAACGUGAUCCCCAUUUGGGUAUCUACUUUGCCAUUUGGAAUUUGUGUGGCACAAGCCUCAACAUUCUUCAUCAAGCAAGGGACGACAUUGGACCGAAGAAUGGGUAAUUUCCUCAUCCCUCCGGCCUCAAUCUUUUCCCUAGCCGCCAUUGGAAUGAUCAUGUCCGUUACCAUUUACGAGAAGAUCCUCGUACCUGUAUUAAGAAGGGCAACAGGAAACGAAAGGGGCAUCAAAAUUCUCCAGAGAAUCGGUAUUGGAAUGCUUUUCUCCAUAGCCACAAUGAUUGUUGCAGCCCUUGUUGAGAAAAAGAGACUUAAAGUUGUAGAAAAGGAGGGCUCAUCACUCUCCAUGAGUGUGUUUUGGUUGGCUCCACAAUUCAUCAUAAUUGGUAUAGGAGAUGGGUUCACUCUGGUUGGCUUACAAGAGUACUUCUACGACCAAGUUCCCGAUUCCAUGAGAAGUAUAGGCAUUGCCUUCUACCUCAGCGUGAUCGGAGCUGCAAAUUUCCUUAGCAGUGUGUUGAUAACAGUUGUUGAUCACUUCACGGAGAAAGGAGGAAAGAGCUGGAUUGGAAAAGAUUUGAACAGCAGCCGCUUGGAUAAUUUCUACUGGUUAUUGGCAGCCAUCACAGCAGCCAACAUGUGCGUCUAUGUCACCUUGGCAAAGCGCUACCCUUACAAAAACGUGCAGACGAGUAUGGCUGUGGCCGAUUGCGACGGAGGCAGUGAUGCAGUGUCAAUGGCUUGAUAAUAUAAUUAAUCAGUCCUAUCAAUAAGAGUAGUUACUAUUAAUUUGGCAUAUUUAGAGUAAUUUAGUAUUCAAUUAAGGAAAUAUAUGACUCAGGCUGUGCUAGCAGUUGCUGCUUGCUCUUUCUUUUGGGUUUUGAGGGCAGUAUUCUUGAUGGAUACAUGCUGGGAAGUGGAGAGUCCUCCUAGUCCUAUGAGCGAUAUCUUUGUUAAGAAAAAGACAUUGUAUUUGCGUCUUUGUAUCCAUCCUGUAAAUGUUAAAUACAAGUAUGUACUUCUA